UCACACAAACCUCUUUAUCCAUCUCUUUCCUCUAAACGAGGAGUGUCUAAAUUCUGAAGCACUGACUUUACUCUUUCACACCAAAAAAAUAGGAAAAGUUUUUGAGCAUUUGUCAACUAUCUUUGUGUUAUGAAGAAGGAUCAAACCUUUGCUUCCUUAAGGGGUCAAGAACCUGAGACAGAUGAGCCUUUGACCAAGGAAGACCAAAGCCAACCCAAUGUUGCACUCUCAACAAAGAUUAGCAUAAGUGGUAGCCCCUCGCAUGACAAUGCACCUUCCCUAAACCAGCAGCAUCUACCAGCUGUUCUACAUUGGCCAUGCCCAGAUCAACAUGCUGUGGAUCCAACUCAAUCAACCUCACCUAUCAUGCAGAGCCAAGGGCAGCAAUUACCACAUCCUCAACAAAAUCCUGCUAGCAAACUGGCCCAGUAUGGACAGCCACCACAGUUUGUUCAACCAACAGCACCAUUUUGCAUGCUUUACCCAUUAUCAGCAGCGAAUGCGCCCACCACUUUUCAGCUGUUCACUCCCCUUGGUACAACUGAUUUUGGCUGGCAAGCACCUGGUGCUGUAGGAGGAGGAACUUCAUCAAGUAACCAACCACAAAUUUCUAAUUUCUGUUACCCUGUAGGGUACACGUAUCCCGCUUUUCCAGGUACUUGGGAUCCCUCACAUUUUUGGGGUCAGGCACAACAAUCACAAUCUCCUUGCACUUACAAUGUCCCAGGAGCAUAUGGCUACAAUUCCUUACCACAAUCUUUUCAAAGAGGAAUCAUCAGGUCUGAGGCAAAACUACCUCAAAAGCAUCAGAAACUUUGGGAUGCUCAAUCAGCAGAGAAUGUUCAGCUAUGGAAUGUAAUUAAUCGCUUGCAAGCAGAAAUAGCUGACUACAAGAACCGGUUAAUAAGACUUGAAAUAGAAGUCUCGUCUUUGAAACCAAAUGUGGGAGAGCCCAUUGCCCAAGUUAUUGGUACUUGUUCAGCUGGGAAACCAUCAAAGAGAGGGAAACCAAAGAAACGAUCAGCCAAUGCAUUACCUUCUCUUGGCGAGUCUCAUCCCAGAACCAGAGCUAGAAUUUCUCCACCAUGUACAACUCAACCUGAGAGUAAAUCACAUAUUUUUGAAAAAGUUAUCCUUUAUAAGGUGGAAGACAAAGAUAAAGCAUCUCACUCGGCUGCCAUGGAGCAAGAAAACAAUGAAAAUAUCUCAAAUAUUGUGACAACUCACACAAUUGACGACAUGGAUAUCAAAAUAAGCAAUUUAAUGAUGCCUGCGUUCCACAAUCAAGUUCAUCAGGAAUUUGCUGGAGUCCAAAUAGGUGGAUAUGGCCUUAAUUCCUCUUCAGAAAUGAAAAUUAUUGAUGGGAAAGUCCAGAACUUGAAAACUGGCAAUUUGAAUCUGUCUCAGCAAGCUAAGGAGAUGGCCAACAAGGGUGCUUCUAAAAUAAGCUCUGAAGCCUGUGGAAGACACUCGUUAGCUAUAGACUUCCAUGAUAGACAGGAAGGAAAGAUCAUUUCUGGUUGGAGUUUUGCAAAUGAAGAGGAUGCUUCUGAAGAGCUUGAAGAUGCUGUGGUAGGAUCAACUAAGGACGAAAAUGAGGAAGAAAUGGAAGAUGAUACCAGCUCAGCCGAAGAAAUUGCUCAAAAACCAGAUGAGGGUUCAGCUAAAUGGACUGUGCAUUAGAAAGUAGGCCUAAAGGCUCCCCUCCACAUGAAAACUGGCGAUAGUUUCCACCCUUUUGCAUUGUUUUCUAGAUUGGCAAUAGAUUUUGGAUUAUAAAUCUCUGGUCCAUUGGGUCAACUGCUUUCUUUUUACAGAAAGGUUUGCCCAAAAUUUUGUAAGGGAGCAUGAUGAUUUA